AUGGCCGCCCCGGGGUUGCAGCAUCCCGGCUUCCUCCUGGCCAACCUGAAAGUGGACUCGCCCAGCAAAACUUUGACUCAGCGAUGUCAAGAUCUGGUGAAGAUCAUUGACGACCAUCACGCCAAGGACCUGCACGCUAUUUUCUCCUGGUUGACGGAGAACAUUUUUGGAAGUCUGGACGGUGUCCUGGGAGGUUGGAACCUGCGCCUCCUUCACUCGCGAUGCCCCGACUUUGCCCCUGUGGUGGAUUUCCUCAUGCCCAGUGGGCCCGUCAUGAAACUUGUGUAUAAACUUCAAGCUGAGGAAUACAAAUACGAAGUACCAGUCAAUUAUCUACCAGCUCCGGUGAGGACGUGCAUUCAGGAAGGCGUCGUCCCCGAUUGUCCGCUCUUUCACAACCGGACGCACUUUCCCAUGUCAGGCGUGCUGACGCCCAACUUAAUGCUGAAUCCUUUUGAAUUCUUCAUGUUCUACUUUGCGUCCUGUCUCAUUACGCCAAAGAGCUUCCCCUCGGGCCAAUACGGCGGCACCGCUGACAGCGCCUACUUUGUGUUGGUGGACAUGUACCUGAAGUACUUCCUGCCUACCGAAGGGAACGUACCCCCUUCCCCCUUUUCAGACAACAGGGGAUCGGUCAGUGCACCUUCUCCGAGAUCGGCCAACAUUUCCCUGGCGGCUUACGGCGUCCACAGUCCCAGUUUGCUGAAGCAGCACAUAUUCCACCAGCCGUCGGUCAACGCCGACCCGGCCGCCCAAGAAAUCUGGAGAUCGGAAACGUUGCUGCAGAUUUUCGUGGAAAUGUGGCUGCAUCACUACUCUCUAGAGAUGUACCAGAAGCUUCAGUCUCCUCAGGUGAAGCUGGCGCUGCUCCAGUAUCGCCUGAGUAUGUCCAGCAUGCCGUGCCAACCCCACAGCCCACCAGGCUCAGGGACCCUCCACACCUACCAAGAACCGUUCAGCCCGAGCGAGGAGCACGUCCUGGCGGUGCGCCUGCUGGUCAAACAUCUGCACGCCUUCUCCAACAGCUUAAAGCCUGAGCAGCCCACGUCCUCGCCGACCCACUCGCACGCUCACGCUGGCCCCCUUGAGGAAUUUAAGAGGGUUGCACUGCAGCGGUUCGUCCAGCAGAAGCUUUUCCUCUUCCUGCAGCACUGCUUCGGCCACUGGCCUCUGGACGCAUCCUUCCGAGCGGUCCUGGAGACGUGGCUUAGCUUCGUUCAGCCAUGGAGAUACGCUGACGACAAGGACCGGGGGGCCCGCUGUGGCGGAAGCGACCCAGAAAGAUGGGAGUCCUUUGUUCAGGAGAACCUGCUGGUUUACACCAAACUCUUCCAGGUCUUCCUCAACAGAGCCGUGCGCACCGACCUGGUCAACGCCAAAAAUGCCCUGAUGCUCUUCAGAGUGGCCAAAGUCUUCUCUCAGCCUGACCUAGCAGACAUCAUUCACAAGGCGGAGCAGCUGUUCCUGGAGCCAGAGCUGGUUCCGCACCACCGGCAGCCGCGAGGCUACCUUACGCCCGGCCAGGGGGCUGGCUUCCAUUCAGCCCGCCAACGCGCUGCAACGGACGCAGUCUUUCGGGUCAAGAGUCACGUAUACGCCUUAGAAGGCCAGGACUGCCGCUACAAGCAGAUGUUUGGCCCCGAGCUGCGAAGCGAGGUUCUGAAGUUGGUCCAGGUCAUUGCGAGAGCCAGACAGACGGCCAAGCGCGUCUCAGACCGGUCUGGUCACGCAGCGGCCAACAAGUCUUUCCUGAGCUGGUUAGCAGCACCGACCUCCGAUUCUGACAAUGGCCUCUGCGGUGUCGAGACGGACGAUGGCAGCGAGUGUCUAAAGAAGACUCACGAGUUCCUGGACCGAGCGCUGGAGAAUUUGUGCACUGUUUUCAAGCUGAACCAGGGUCAGCUGACUCAGCUCAUCGCCAACGCCACCUCUGAUCAGGACGACGGCGAGUCGGAGCGGCUGCCCGAUUGUGCCAUGGGAGAAAACGGCCCGGUCCUCACAGACUUGGGAAGGAUGCAGAUGAUUAACGGCCUGCGCCGUUGGGACGUGACGUACCGAGGCGACCCGGAGCUUCAGCCCAUCAGGAGCUACGAGAACGCCUCGCUGGUACGCCUCCUGUACCGGCUGUCUUGUCUGCUCAAUGCCAAAUUCGAAGGUCAGAUGACCGAACUGUGCUCGAGGCCAGAUUUGGCCGGCCGUCUGGGGCGGCGCUACCUGGGCGCCGGGAAUCCCGCGGUGCGUCGAGCGCGCGUCAGCUUGCGUCCGCUGGCCAGCUAUGGAAACAUCCUGGCGCUGGGAGCCUGUUAUGCCGCUGGCGCCCUCUUGUCCUUGGGCCCAGUGGCCAGCACCUUCCUCAUCCUCGGCGCCAUCCUCCUUCACGGAGUGGCUGUCACGCUGUGGGAAGACAAGUGGAAAAUGCACUAG